CUUUGUAGACUACCUACAACAGAAACUUAUCUUAUCGCACUUCUUUAACCAGAUAGUCGGACAGAGUACGGUGAAAGUCACCAAACGCGCGCUGCAUGGAGGUGGCGUUGAUACUGGCGGUACUGACACUAGGGGGCGCUGUCUGGAGCGACGACCUGGAGGACCUGUACACGUCGCUGGAUGUGACGUUUGGAAUACGGUUUCUGAUAUCUGUGAAUGAUUCACGAAAUGGCAGCGAAUGUGUCGCAUCAGUUGAAACACCGAUACUUGUUCCCGCGGCCAACUACAGCCAAUCAAAGGCCGUGUCUGUGGGCAGUUGUGACGUCAUGUCCCUUUUGUUCAGCAUCAAAGGAUUCAAAGGACAAAUAAAGCAGGUAAACGUGACCUUCUACUCCACCGUCAUCGCCGACGCUGAGCCGCUGCCCUGCCUCAUACCGUGGAACGGUACCUACCCGGUCCCCAAAACUACAGACCCCCGCAAGUCCCCGCUCCCUGGGUGCUUCAUAAUGAACUGGUGGAGCAAGGGCCACAUCAGUCACUACUGGUUCCACAUCCUCAGCUGGGUUCACUGAUAAAUAACCGAGGAUGGUCUGCAAGCUCACUGAGCGAAAGAGUAGUUUGCGCAUUUUUUUCCUGAACAAAGAUUUCUACCCGCAAAUCCACCGGAUUGCUUUUAAUACAAAGGCACUGGGUUCGAUCGAUUUAGCAGUCCCAAUAAGUUUCAUUAAAUAUGUUCAAAGACCUAUCUGAUUGUCUCCCAACGCGAUAUUAUUUUAUAUUAUGUUUCACGAAAGUAUAGGUUUGUACUGGCCCUUGCUUCAGCGCUUUUCGGUUGAGAGGUGGUCUGUCGUGGAAUCCAUAAAGUUUUGCAUUUUUGACCCCUUCUUUAAAACUGACGGAUUGAGCUAUGCACAACUGUGAAAACCGAUUUGGGCCCAAUACGACUGCGCAAUCCAUUGACACUGUUGAUUUGUUUUUUUAACAGCAUUCAGCAAUAUUCUAGUUAAAUGAUUGGGACCUGUGAACGAGUCUGGAAUAGACAAGCAGUGAUUGAUAUCAUGAGCAACGACCCAUGCCUUUGAGAUACGUAGACACACUAUAUGUAAACCAAGUCACUGUGUCUGACCAUUCCAUCUAUUAAGUCCCUUUGAAGUCCCCAAGUCAAUUCUAACCUGGAAUACCUAGGGGUGGUGCCCCCAGUGGUGCAUUAUUUUUUAGAACACCAGCAAACUCUUGACCAGUGUCCUGUUCCUUUAAGUGAGCCUCCAAUACUCUAGAAUUUGCAAUAGCCUUUGGGUCAAGAUCAAGAGACGGAAUUCUGGAUCAGGCAAACCAGUGGUUGAAAGCGUGAACACGCAUUACUGUCGCUGAUACAGUUAGUGAUUUCUGACUCCUUUCUGACACUGUUGAA